GAGCCCAGAACACACUUUCACCCAAACAUGUGAGGAUGAAGUUACUGGUCUUGUACACGGCUUGGCUGUCCUUUGUGGGACUGUCAGAGGCUUUGUUUAUUCCUGAAGAACUUCCAACAUUGCUGUCAUUCUUGUACACCAAUAUUCCUCCAAUAUUCAAAGGCACAGACUCCAGGCUCGGCGUCGGUUUCCGAGUUGGGCCAAACGCAGACUUCCAAAUCCAAGUUGAACUCGGACCUCAAACACGGACUCAGCCACUUGGGCCAGACGCUGAAGGUUCAAGCAAGAAGCGACACGUCCCGGAGCUAGACCAGGCGUUCGCCUCCAGCGAGAACCAUGUUUACACACCCAACAGAGUAAAAACACGCCCGGACACUCCUAUUGGCUGGCUACACACGUGGAAAUCCUCCUUGGGGUCGUCUGCGGAGAACGAACUGACCAGACCAAACAAUCCAGCUUUGGACUAUGACGUUGUGAAACAUCUCCAACAGCUGUACAAGGUUCAACCAAUAAACGAGAUGGACGAGGUGAUCAACUGACGUAGAAGUUGAAGUUGGACAAGUUGAGGAAUUGACUGUGAUAUUGUACUUUGGAAGAUUAACUUAUUUUGUACAAAUGUAAAAAUGUGUUGAGGUAAAUGUAGAUGAGUGUGAAAAGUA